CUCUUCUCGGCAGACAGCUCAUCGUAUCACGGGAGGCGGCCCAAUCACGAGGCUGCCCGAACAGCGCAAAAGCAUUCGUUCGGCACGCACGUGCGGCAUCGCUACGCUGCGCGGCGACGCCAUCGACGCGCACUCCACACACGCAGCACGCCAUCGACGUAAAGCGGCCGGGUGGCUGGGCAGCCUAGCUCUAAGCAAAGCAAAGCAAUCAUGUGGAAUCGGGCCCGGGCAGCGCUCGAGGAGGCGCGCAUCAUGGGCGUGCCCACCAUCAAUACCUCGACCUGGUUCGGCGCCGGAACCGCCUCGGCGGCGGUGCUCACGCCGGCGCAGGUCGCCGCCGUCGCGCCGCUCGUGCGCGUGACUGCUGCUUAUAUCGUGAUGUACUACUCCUUUUGCUUCUUCCAGUCGUGGUCGAAGUUGUAUUUGUCCGCAUCUCGGCGUCCUAGCCUUUUUCUUGUCCGUCGACUCGUGCUCCUGCGCCUCGUCCUUGGCGGGGCUCUUUGAUGAGGCUCCUCCCUUUGGCGAGCGUCGCGGCGAUGGCGUGCCGAGUUCGGCAUCGCGAGAUCGGGACUGCUACGCCACCCCAUACGCCAUCGACGCGACUCACGCCGUCGACACAACGCAGGCGGCGGACGCUGCCCCCGAACGCCGACGGCAAGAAGCCGACGCUCGUGCAGCUGAAGUACGGCGCCUAUGGGUCCAAGAAUAAUGGUUCGCCCAGGACGCGGACGCUGCGGUUGUUGGGCGAUCGGACGUUUUUGAAUACAUUGGAGCAGGCGCCGCCUUUCUUGGUGUCGCUCUGGGCGUGUGGAUUGCUAGCGGACGUUGAAUUGGCCGCUUUUUGCGGGAAGGGCUACAUCUUCUUUCGGUGUUUGUAUCCGAUUGUAUUCCGGAAGGGCAUGCCGUGGUUAUUGCUGUCGACGGUGCCGUGCUACAAUCUGAUCUGGUACAUGCUGUUUCGGGCGGUGGUGGCUUGUGCUUGAUGAGACUGUGUGUGCUGGCCUUUGCUUCUAUAUAAAAAUACUUCGCGUCUCGCUCGCGGCGACGACGUACGACGCAGUCGGGGUUAUAUGUCCGGAAACUCAUCAGGAUGCCGCCAGAACCCUUUCCUAGGUGUAUGUGGUUGAAACAGCGCGGGUUGGCCCGCGGGCAGCCAUUUUGCGUGCGAUCGUGUUUUUGGGUCGCGCGCGCGUGUUGGGGGUUGAGGAAGUAAAAAAGAGGGGGUGUCCCAGCCCACCUGAGGUUCGUUCGUAGUAACAAGUUCGCACAAUGGAGCGCCAAAUUUCGUGAUGGUAUGCGCAAUUCUAAGGUCGGAGUGGAUUGUUAUGUGGCCAUCCUGAUCCGGUCCUCCGGUGUUCAAAACUCGGCAGACAUUUAGUUGACAGAAUGUCACGCUAAGUUCCUCAGUCAUCGAUACCGCAAAAUAUGUAGCACUUGAAUCCAGGGGCUCGCAUGCACACACGCCGUUCCGCAGGUGCAUAGCUCCGAAG